GUGCAAUGACUGACAAAACCUGGACAGGACCCAACAGAAAAUUACGACACACAAUUACUAGGUUGGCAACACACGGAUUCCACCACAAGAUAUGCAAGAACGAACGUUUCCAUGAAACAAAUGACGCGUGUGUGUGUAAACACUGUGAUAAAAAGUGCAGUAGAUAACACAUUACCAUAUGCAAAAACUUAACCACAUCAAUAACCGAAUACAGUCGCGAAUAAAAAAAAAACAAUUACUCUAUGCACAUUGUGUGCAUUCCCUUAUUAUAUUAUUCUCGCAGGUCAUGUUUUAGUUGAUCCAUGAUUAAGAUGAUCGCUGAUUAUAAUUAGAAUGAUCUGUGGAGGCUCUAAAAAUGGCGGAAUUGUGAUGGGUAUUUUGUUUUUAUGUAUAUUGGUUGUUUAUUUACGUUUGGUAAGGAGCGAAAGAGAUAAGUGUUUAGGUAUACCUAUUUAAAUUUAAUUUACGGUGACUCAGUCGCGCUUUAUAGUGAGUCACACUUUUGUGUUUUGUUUAUAAUUUAAGUAAUCCUUGAACCUUUGUUUAAUCAAUCCAUUUUUAGUUCAAGUUCAGCUGACAUUUAAUGGUAAUUGGUUUCCCAGUUAGAAUCUUUUAAGUCUAACGAUGGCAAAAGAUGAAAUGGACGACCUUCUGCCUGAUAAAGAUGCAGCAAAGGGAUUUUAUGCCAAAUAUGAACCAAAGGAAAUACUAGGAAGGGGGAUAAGUUCAACAGUACGGCGCUGUAUUGAGAAGGAAACGGGAAUCGAGUAUGCAGCCAAGAUUAUAGAUCUGAGUAAUGACAGUAAUGACGCUGGAGUAGGAGGAAAGACAAUGCUUGAAGCCACAAUAGAGGAAGUACACAUAUUGAGGAUGGUGGCUGGACAUCCAUAUAUAAUUGAACUGCAUGAUGUGUUUGAGUCAAGUACUUUUAUCUUCUUGGUUUUUGAGCUGUGCAAGAAUGGUGAACUGUUUGAUUACCUGACAUCUGUGGUAGCACUUUCUGAGAAGAAGACAAGGUACAUCAUGCGACAACUGUUUGAGGCCCUGCAGCAUGUACAUGGUCACAACAUUGUGCAUCGUGACUUGAAACCGGAGAAUAUUUUGCUGGAUGAUAACCUCAAUAUUAAGCUCACUGACUUUGGCUUUGCGCGUGCCAUAAAACCUGGGGAGAAACUUUAUGAACCCACCAAAGACUUGAUCCGCAAGCUGCUUGUUGUAGACCCCAUGAAACGGAUCACCAUUAAGGAGGCACUGGAACACCCAUUCUUUCAGAUGAUGCUGUGGGACCAAGACAUAGCCCCACUGAAACGCAGCCUGUCCGGCUCCUCCAGGAGACUCAGUCGAAUCUCACAAAUGGCUCUGGAGAUGAAGAGUCGCACUUUCAAUGCCCGCAAGAUGUUCCAGUAUGCAAUUCUCUGUGUACGUGCCAUGGUGCGGAUCAGAAGAUUGCGCUUCACGCCAGAGCCUCUAUCAAUGGAUGUGGCUCGAGUUGAUCCAUACCGCAUCAAGGUGCUCAGGAAGGUGAUUGAUGGCUGUGCUUUCCGUGUCUAUGGCCACUGGGUAAAGAAGGGAGAAGGACAGAACCGAGCUGCCUUGUUUGAAAACACACCCAAGAUAGAACUUAAACAUAUCUACGUGAGCAACCUGAGUAUUGUGUGUGGUAAUAAUGGAAGCGUAAGCUCAGACGGCGGGAGGGCGAGUUCCAGAAGAACAAUGAGUCUGGAGACGCUUCUGGAAGCGGCGCGGUAUGUGGAGCUGCAAGAGGCCCAGCGGCUACAGCAGUCGUCGUCCUCCUUAUCUUCCUUGGCACGUGGUACUGCUGAGGAAGAACCUACCCCUGGUGGGUUUAUGUCGUUCACUGCAGCAGCGCCGCCUCCACCCCCACCUGUUGUCUCUUCUUCGCAACAUCAACCGCCGCCCCCACCGCCCAGCAGACCCGCCCACAAUCAACAUGUCUCCAACGGGAGCCCCGCCCCUCACCAACCACUGGACCAGCCGGACGAUUCCAAGGAAUUUCAGAAGCGAGCGGCCGGCACACGCGAGGUGCACAACAAGCUGGAAAAAAACCGCCGUGCGCAUCUAAAGGAAUGCUUCGAACUAUUGAAGCGGCAAUUGCCGGCCUCCGAGGACGAGAAGAAGUCUUCCAACCUCAGUAUCCUGCACAGUGCCCUGCGACACAUCCAGUCCCUGCGGCGUAAGGAGCGGGAAUUUGAGCAUGAAAUGGAGCGACUGGCACGAGAGAAGAUUGCUGCACAGCAGAGGCUGGUGAUGCUCAAGAAGGAGCUGUCUUCUCAGUGGGAUCACAUUGACUUCAACACCCUCCUGCCAGAGAGUACUCAUGUGCUUGAAGAUCCCCGAAGCAGAGAUCAUGUGUCCCAUACCACUUCUACUGCCACAGAGAGGGAUGAGGCAAUGAGUGAUGCAGAAGAGCCACUCAACAAGUGUGGUGUUGUGUACAGCAGCACAUCGUCCCUGUCCAGUGCUGCCACUGCCUGCUCACCACCACAGCUACCUCCCCCUCCACCUCCUCCACCUCCAGUACCUGCAGAAUUGCAUGGGCAUGGAGGAGAGGUCUCCAAAUCCACACCCCCCACACCUGUGGUGCAACUGCCCGUGUCUGCACAUAUGGUUGGGACCACAGGUCUUGCAACACUGGUUAGUCCCACCAUCCAACUGCUUGCUCCGUCAGGACUACGCAUGUUACCGGGUGACCCACAGCCCCUGGCGCUCACCGUGCAUCCUCCACAUCUUCCCGCUGCAAAUAUUGGCCAUUCACCUGCUUCAGCCGUGAUGUCCCAUCCACGAUUACGGGGAGUGGGCAGUAGUGAGUCUUCAGACACCAGGACAACUGCUGCCAUCACUUUACCAACAUUGCAUUUAACAAAUAAGAUGGUUGCUGGGAGUGUUGCUCUUGCAACAGAGGCUGCACGUCUCCCAGGUGGGGCAGAACUCAACAUCCUGCCAGCAAAUGGGACAAUGCGGGCCACUGCCUCGAGCAAACAUCACCCCAUAACACUCGCUGGAGGUUUAACUCUUCCAAACGGUGUGCUGGGACAUGCAGGAGUUACCCUCACCGCCAAGUCAAUUGCCCAUACUCCUGGAUCUGAAGCAAGUGGCACUGUGCUGACACCCGCUAUUCAUGGAGCUGGAACAAUUCCCGCCCACCUAACAUCUGCAGGUAUCACGCAUGUGGUGACACCACUGGGCAGCCACACGGGUCUGACCCCUAUAGUGACUCCAGUGACGGUUGUUUCGCAAGGCAAUCAGGUGGCACAUAUCCUUGCCACUCCACAGCAGCUUGGAGGCAAGAUGAUUACGACCACAUCACUUCUGAAGUCGGUAGGUCCAAUGCCACUGAUGAACACUCAGUACCUGAGCACAGCCACGCUGGUGAAGCCAGUCGUCGUUGUGAGCACGCCUUCCACACUCCCACCGCACACCAACAACAGCUCGUGAGGUGUCCAUGUGAUACGCUUGCUCCCAGCAGGCUGGGGGUCACAUAUUCCGUCAUAAUAUCUGUGUGAUUGAAUGAUAAUUCCUCAAGUACAAAUGUUGUCCUGUCUGCCUUAGUGAGGGGACAUUGUGGAACUGCUCAAAUUAAGAAUCUGUGGCAGAAGUUCUGGUUAAAUGUGCCCACACCUUAUAGUUCUGUGUUCAAAACUUUCAGUGUGUUCUGUAGAACGUACUGUAGCCAUUAUUAACAUUUCAAAGGAUGGAAAUGUGGAUGUGUAUUGGACAGCUGGGUCUUUGUUUUCUUUUCUUCUUUUCCCUUCCCCAUUUUAUGUUCAAAUGUAUAUGUAUGCAUGUGGGUAUAACAUAGGUCUGGUGUGGUUGGUUCAACAGUAGUGUGAAUGUCUGUGCGUGUGUUUGAGCCAGGAUGCAACAUAUGCACACUGAUCAAAUAAUGAUUUUUUUGCUUGAAGACUAUGUGGUGCUGAUGCUCAUAAUUUUUAUUGUGCAUUUGUUUCUAAACAGGAAGAACUGUUCUGAGUGUACAUAACAUGAACAAACAGAAAUGAUGAUCUGUCAGUGUAUUUAAUUGUAAAUAGUGAACACGAGUUGCUGCAAUAAAACAAAAUUCAUCAAACAAAAAACAUUCAUGCCACGUCAAGAAAAUAAUUACAUUUCCAAGGCAUUGAUCCGUGUGGGAUAAAAUCAGUUUUAUAGAAGCCUCCAUUAAAUGCCUUUGGCCCAGGUUUCUGAACUUCGGAAUUUAUGUGCUUAAAACAUUCAUCAGUUUCAGAACAGUCUAUACAGUAUGUUUCCUUCACAAGUAACUUUUAAGUAUACUUAUUUGCUUCCUUGUGAACCCCAUACGUAUUUAAUUCUUCUUCCCUCCCUCACACCAUCGUCAUGUAUUCAUAUGAAUGGGACUUGAAUUUUAGUACCAGAUUCAAAGUGGAUGCAAUGAAAGUGCCCCGCCUGAAGUAACAACUGAUAUGGGUAUUCAGGGGGAGUGGGAUACAAUAGAAAUGGCUGGGAAAAUUUUGUUAGUGCUUGAAAAAUGUGCCAAUGAGUGAAGAAAGAAUGCCACGUUGAAAUUGGGUUUUCUAGUUGAUAUGCUCUGUACACACAAUCUUGCUUUAAAUAUCACUUUUCAAGAGGAAGGUGGCAGUAAGAAGUAUUAAAUACAAAUUCCUACAGGAGGAUCCACAUUUUCUUCCUCACGUCUUAUUGGAUCUGAUUCUGUGUGAUAGAAGUUCCUAUGUCCUCAGUAUUUUAUUUGUUCUGUUUAUUUUGUAGUUAUAGUAAAAGAGAGUAAAUUAUGCCACCCUUUCAGAACUAUCAGAAUGUGUAUAUUUUGGUUAUAGGUUAUAUUUAAGUAAUCUAAAGUAAAAAUAUUGACAUAAAGUGUCAGUGUGUUGCAGGCUGUAGGGAUAUUAUGUUAGUAUAUCCCCAGCAAUGGCCAAAUACAUUUUAAUCAUUUGUAUGAUAAAUUUGUAUUGUAAGACUGGUAGAGUACAUUGAAAUUAUUUUGGUUUGAUAUUAUGUCUUGUAAGGAAAAGUAGCCUUAAGAGAACCUUUAUGCAUGGGGAAUACUUAAAAUGUUAGCAGUAUGAAAAUACUGUAGAUAGAGUGUUUGCAAGUGAGGCUAAUGAUACAGAAGACUGGAUCAGAUACUUUUCUGACACUGUAAACUUUCUCAAUAAGGUCACUUCUUUUCUGGUUUAGUAUCAUCCUUAAAAUAUCUCCUUUUAACAUAUCGAUAUACUACUAACCUUUUUUUGCAAAGAGACUCACUACCAUUAUUUUAUAAAAAUGAAAUGAAACCUGGUACAAAACUUAGGUUGUGAUAUGAUCUUCAUUUUUGUAUAUAUUAUUUGCCAAAUUAAUUCUGAACAUAUAAGUAAUUUGAAGUCUUGAAUUUAUUGAUACAAACCACCUUGGUUGGUGUCCCACGUCGUUUAGUGAAUUGAUUUACUAUUUCACCAUUGUCAGUAUACUUGUAUUUUAUACUUUCAGGAGCUCUCUAUUUUGUUUCAUCUACUUUUAACUUUUAUUAUGACAUCCAUUGAGCGGUUAUUAAGUAAAGAAAAAAGAAAGACAAAUGUUUGCCACAAAAUUGUAAAAAUAUUCUGAGGUACUGAGAACCUGAGGAUGACUAUUUUUGGUCAUAACAUGUAGUACUUACUUUGUUAUGUUAUUGUAAAUAUCAGUAUGAUGUUACUUGUGAUUGUUAUUAUAAUAUUACUACUAAUUGUUGUGUAACACAGUAACAUGCCAUAUUCAUUUAUGAAAUACUGACUGGGCAAUCAGAAAAUCUUCAAAUUAUGGAAGUGUUUUUAACUUUGUGUUUUAUAUGAUGUAAUUCUGUAAGCUCCUCAUUUGUCUGCAAAAGAUUCCAAAUGACCUCUUGAGGGGCAUAAAAAUCUUACUGGCAGUGUCACGGUGUGAUGAGCGCAGCCACAUUUUGAACAGAACAUAACAUUUUCUUGCAUAUGGUAUAUCAUGUACUUCAAAUUCAACGCAAGAAGGUACGACUGAUAACAGAUUAUAUACUCAUACAUUCUGAGAACCUGAUCACAGAUGUGCAACUAGUAAAGGUACCGUAAGUGCAAAUUAAAAAUGAGAAAUUCAGGUACAAUAAAUACCUGAAUUAUAACUGUGGGAGAAUUCAGUGUACAGUAUACUUAAAAGAUAUAAUGUACAUUUAUAUGCAAAAUACAUAUACAUAUGUACUACCAGUGUACAAAUUACCUUGAUA